CGCCUGUCCAGUUAAGACCGCGUGGACACUUGUCUACACAGCGGAGAGAGAGAGAUAAAAUAAUAGGAAACAAUACGCAGCAACGGAGGCCGAAGCCGCUUAGCACCUCCUAGUGUUAAGUGUCGGAUGAAGACCGGUUCUAGGAUGUGGCAUGAAGCUCGUAAACACGAGCGGAAGCUCCGGGGGAUGAUGGUGGAUUAUAAGAAGCGGGCUGAGCGCCGGCGAGAAUACUAUGAAAAGAUUAAAAAAGACCCAGCUCAGUUCCUUCAAGUACAUGGACGAUCCUGUAAGAUUCACUUGGAUUCUGCUGUUGCACUUGCUGCCGAAAGCCCUGUUAACAUGAUGCCUUGGCAGGGAGACCCUAACAACAUGAUUGACCGCUUUGAUGUCCGAGCUCAUCUAGAUUAUAUUCCAGAAUAUAAACCGCCUCUCCUUACCACAAUAACUCCAGAACAGGAAGCUGAUGACCGAAAGUGUAACUAUGAACGCUACCGUGGUUUGGUACAGAAUGAUUUUGCUGGAAUUUCUGAAGAGCAGUGCCUGUACCAGAUUUACAUUGAUGAACUUUAUGGUGGCCUACAAAGACCAGGGGAUGAUGAAAAGAAGAGAUUGGCAGAAAAGAAAGCCUCAAUUGGGUACACAUAUGAUGACAGCACAGUGGCUGAUCUAGGAAGCUCUGACAAAGAGGAAGAAGAUUCUGAUGAUGAGAGUAAAUCUGAUGAAGAUGAGGUUAUCCCAGACAUAGAUGUGGAAGUGGAUGUUGAUGAAAUAACAGAAGAGCAGGUUGCUGAUCUGAACAAGCAGGCGACCACUUAUGGAAUGGCUGAGGGAGACUUUGUCAGGAUGCUACGUAAAGAUAAAGAAGAGUCUGAAGCAAUAAAACAUGCUAAAGCUUUAGAAGAGGAGAAGGCCAUGUAUUCUGGACGACGUUCACGACGGCAAAGAAGAGAAUUUAGGGAAAAGCGACUUAAAGGAAGAAAGAUCAGUCCACCCAGCUAUGCCAGAAGAGACAGUCCAACAUAUGAUCCUUACAGAAGGUCCCAGUCAGAGUCUUCAUCUGCUUCACAUUCUCGCUCUCCAAGCCAAGGGCGUGAGGAAGCUAUUAAAUUUAUAACCAGCUUUGGGGGCAGUGAGGAUGAAUCAGCUUCUGGCCCUGCAGCUCAAACUCCUGCAAGCAGUGGCAACAAAAGGGCCCCACAUACACAGGCCCCUGGGACUUCUUCAGGUCGUAAAGAGGCCUCCCGAAGGAGGUCUUCCUCUUCAUCAUCAUCGUCCUCUUCCUCGUCAUCGUCCAGCUCCAGGUCAUCUUCCAGGUCUAGAUCUAGCUCCAGAUCGAGGAGAGAGAGCCGCAGGCGUAGAUCAAGUUCCCGUACUCGAUCACGUAGAUAUUCUCGCAGCCCUGUAAGAAGAUAUUCUGGUGGAGGAGGAACAAGAGACAGCAGAAAGUAUUCCAGAUCAAGGUCACCAGACCGUGAUCGAUACUAUGGUGGAAGACGUAGGUCUCGAAGUCGUUCACGGUCACCUGACCGAUAUGGACGUGGUGGAAAAACCUUUGGGCGUCCACAAGGCAGUAGCCAAAGUAGUAAAUCCAGGAGUCCUUCUCCAAAUCGUGAUAGAGGAGCUAGAAGGACAGUAUCUCCAGCAGUAGGAGAGCGAUUGAAAAGGCCUGAACUUGCUGUUACCAGAGAGUGCGGAGCAGCCAAAGCCAAGUUAACCCCACAGGAAAAGUUAAAACUUCGUAUGCAGAAAGCCUUAAACAAGCAGUACAAGGCAGAUAAAAAGGCUGCUCAAGAGAAGAUUAUACAGCAGGAGCAUGAACGGCAGGAACGUGAGGAUGAGCUUAGAGCUAUGGCAAGAAAGAUACGCAUGAAAGAACGAGAGCGGCGCGAGAGAGAGCGUGAUGAGUGGGAAAGGCAUUAUACGAGAAGCCGAUCUCCUUCACCGAGACACAGUCGGGAUUACAGCUCUUCAAAAAGGAGAUCACGCUCAAGAUCCAGAAGCCCACAUCAUCGACACUAACCGUGCAAGGUUCUUGGUGACAGCCCUUGUUUUGUGUCAUACAUUUUAAAUAUGACAUUCACUCGAGUCAUUGUGUACAUUCCGCAUAUUGGACUAUAUGGAGUGUGAGAGGAUGUUUUACACCUCCAUCUACUAAUGGCAACUAUCUUUGUAGGCUGAACAUUGCUACAUAGUCAGUGGCUGGUCCUCUAUAAACUAUACAUCUUGUAGAUGUCUUUUAUUUAGAUGUUUAUGAGGGUGUUAAAGGGCUUAUCCGAGAAAAGAAAAACAGCUGAUUUUUUUUUUUUUUUUUUUUUAAAGCACACCCCUGUCCUCAGGUUGUGUGUGGUAUUGCAGCUUAGUUCUAUUGAAGUGAAAGAAGCAAAGUUGUAAUACCAUACACAACCUGCAGACAGGCGGGGUGGUGUUCUUGGGGGGGGGGGGGGGGAAAUUAGCAGUUUUUCUAUUUCUAGAUAAUCUUGAUAAAGGUGAACCAGUCACACUGGAAAUCCAGUCCAGUCUGCAGGCAUCAUGUAAGUAGGUAAGUUAUCCUGGAGCUUUUACCACAAAACCUUAUCACUUUUUCAUGUAAAUUUCUGCCUAUCCUGGCCUAAGUAGUCAAGUGGGUGGUCCUACUCAGUUAUUGAGUUAUCUGUGUAUAAGCAUGCAUAUAGAUAGCUGUCAAUCACUAAGUAGGACUACUUGGUCCAGAAUUAAUAAAUACGUUUUCCUCAAACUUCACCAAAAAAAAAAAUCUGCCGCUUCUCCUGUGCUAUAAUAUGGUGCCUGUAGAUUGAGAAACUUCAGCGAGACAGGUUCCCUUUAAUUGCAUCUUCCAAAAGACCCUCAACCUUAUUACUUUAUAGGAUUUUUUUUUUUUUUUUUUUACACUCCUGUCAAUCCUAAUCUGGCUUCUAGGUAAAUUGGUGGUGCUGUGUGAUGUUUUGAUGCUUUAACAGAUCUUGUAUAACUUGGUGCUACUGAUUUACUGACUCUUUUACAGUGUGCCAUUUAUUUUUUGCUUCUGGGGAAAAUGCAGUUUUCGGUCCUCAAAGGUGGACAAUUACACCUACAAGAUGCUGUUAGUUUGUAGCCCAGCAUUUAGUAACCGUUUGUUAGGAUCCAGAAGAAGAAAGAUUGUGGUAAGACGAUCCGCAGUGGUGCAUUAUGAUCUCACCCCCAAAAGUUUUGAUCAGUCUAGGUCUGAGUGUUCAGACCCCGACCAAUUGUAGGAUAGAGCAGGGAGAAAAGCGCAGCUCAACACGAUAAUCCCAUAUACUUACUGUAAUGUUCUUUCACUUAGUGCGCACUUCUACCAGCUCGUUCUACAUAUCGGUCACGGUCUGAACACUCGGACCCUGAUCGAUCUUGACAUAUCUCUAAAACAAUAAAAA